ACCACCAGACAGACGUCAGCGGACUCGAAACCUCUCUUUUCACCGUCUGGGAGCUUAUCGCAGCCAUCUGACUGCUUACACUCGCUUUCUAUCCUUCCUCGCAGCAUCCCAGGAGCUCCGCCAGCCUGUGACGGAUGAACGCGCAAUAACACGAGCCUAACUGCGCAUUUCGCAUCGCACCUCAGAGUAUGGCUUCCUACUCCGCCAUCGGGCCCGAGCCCACAGAGGCCGAUCCUAUGACUUCGAGUACGGGGUCGCUUCGAGGCAGACGGAGAGGUCGAGGGAAGCAAGACGUUGGAUUCAAAGGCCAGGCGACAUGGAUAUCAAGUGUCAUCAACCUGGCAAACACCAUCCUUGGUGCCGGCCUCCUUGCCAUGCCCUCCGCGCUCUCCAAAAUGGGCAUCUUCCUCGGCAUCUUCGUCAUCGCGUGGGCGGGUGCAACAGCAGGCUUCGGUCUCUACCUCCAGACGCGAUGCGCGCGGUAUAUUGAUCGGGGCCAUGUGUCCUUUGCGACGCUGUCACAGAUGACAUAUCCGAACCUGUCCAUCAUCUUUGACGCUGCGAUUGCGAUCAAGUGCUUCGGCGUGGCUGUCAGCUACCUUAUCAUCAUUGGAGAUCUGAUGCCGGGCGUUGUUCGAGGAUUCGCGCCGGGUGCGAGCGACAUUACGUUCCUGGUUGACAGGCAGUUCUGGAUUACGGCCUUCAUGCUCAUCGUUAUCCCCCUCUCCUUCCUCCGCCGCCUCGACUCCCUCAAGUACACCAGCGUCAUCGCCCUCUUCUCCAUCGCCUACCUUGUCAUCCUAGUCGUAGCACAUUUCCUCAAAGGCGACACCCUCGCCGACCGAGGUACCGUCCGAGUCUUCGAAUGGGCGGGCCCCGUCUCCGCCCUCGCCGCCUUCCCCGUCAUCGUCUUCGCGUACACAUGUCACCAGAACAUGUUCUCCAUCCUCAACGAAAUAGCAGACAACUCGCACUUCCAGACCACGACCGUCAUCUUCGCGUCCAUUGGCGGCGCAUGUGGUCUUUACAUCCUGACGGGAAUUACGGGUUAUCUAUCGUAUGGCGACAACAUCCACGGCAACAUCGUCUCCAUGUACCCAACUGCAGCAGCUAGCACCAUUGGCCGCCUCGCCAUCGUGAUCCUCGUCAUGUUCUCUUACCCCCUCCAAAUCCAUCCUUGUCGCGCCAGCAUCGACGCAUGUCUAAAGUGGCGUCCAGGCCGCCUGCGCAAACACAAGCACAAGCAAUCCGAAGUCGGCAGCCCAUCUCGCAACUCACUCAUCACCAAUACCCCGAAGCCCUCGCCCCCGCCCAAAGCGAGCGAGAUGAGCGAUUUGAAAUUCGCAGUCAUUAGCACGGUGCUUAUCAUCCUGUCGUUUGUUACCGCCAUGACAGUGAGUAGUUUGGAAAAAGUGCUGGCGUAUGUGGGGUCGACGGGUAGUACGACUAUUAGUUUUAUUCUUCCCGGAUUGUUUUAUUACAAGAUUAGUGACCCGGAGUCGUCGCAUCAUCAGCGGCUUGUUAAGGAUGAGGAUGAUGAGGAUGAAGGGGCCGACGAGGGGGGGUAUGUUAGUAGGGAGGGGCAUUCGAAUCGCGAUUUUAGGAGGGGAUUGUUGAGGAAUGGGGCGUUGGCGUUGAGUGUUUAUGGGGUGGUGGUUAUGGUGGUUUGUUUGGUUACUAAUACUUUUCUUGUGGCGGCUGCGCAUUGAGUUGUGGGUGUGAGAGGAAGAGGGAGAGAGUGAGGUAUGUGUUGCAUUUAGCUGGAGUUCUUUUUUUUUUAAACUCUCAUAGCAAAGAGGGAGUUGGGGAUUAGAUUGGAUGCGGGCAUGACAUGGGUUUGCUGGCGUUGGAGCUGGGAUUUAUGUUCGAUGAGAUCGCUUAUCAUCUUUCGUUGGUGCUGGGGGUUGUGUAAGCAUACAUGUAGCUGUAGGCAUACUAGUGUGGAGUUGGAUAUACGAAAUCUAGAAGAGAAGUACUAUGGGUUUC